AUGGCUUCCUCUCACUUUCUUUGCAUUAACCAUGACAUCUCCGCUUUUCAAAAUCACUUCAGAACCAGACCAAAUGCCUCUCCCAACCUUCACUUUCAGACACCUCGUUUCCUCAAACUCAGAGUCAUGGCUUCUGACUCUUCUUCCACCAACUCUUCCAGGAAAAAACUGGAGAUUGUAUAUGACCCUGAUGAAAGGAUAAACAAGUUAGCUGAUAAAAUUGAUGAAGAUGCUCCCAUUUCAAGGCUUAAUUUGUUCUCUCCUUGCAAGAUAAAUGUUUUUCUCAGAAUGACUAACAAGAGGGAAGAUGGGUAUCAUGAUUUGGCAUCCCUAUUUCAUGUGAUAAGUCUAGGUGACACCCUUAAGUUCUCUUUGUCGCCUUCAAAUACCAAGGAUGCCUUGUCCACCAAUGUCUCUGGGGUGCCCCUUGAUGAUAAAAAUUUGAUUAUUAAGGCGCUUAAUCUUUACAGGAAGAAGACUGGUACUGAAAAGUUCUUUUGGAUUCAUUUGGAUAAAAAGGUUCCCACUGGGGCAGGGCUUGGUGGUGGAAGUAGUAAUGCUGCAACUGCACUAUGGGCAGCGAACCAGUUCAGUGGGUGUCCUGCCACAGAGAAAGAACUCCAAGAAUGGUCAAGUGAGAUUGGAUCAGAUGUUCCCUUUUUUUUCUCUCAGGGAGCAGCCUAUUGCACUGGUCGAGGUGAGAUUGUUCAGAAUAUUCCCCCUCUAGUAUCUUCGGAAAUUCCAAUGGUUCUCAUUAAGCCUCAAGAGGCGUGUUCAACUGCAGAAGUCUACAAGCGUCUACGGUUGGACCAGACUAGUAAUGUUGACCCGUCAAUAUUGCUGGAGAGAAUUUUAAGCAGUGGUAUAUCUCAAGAUGUUUGCAUUAAUGAUUUAGAACUUCCGGCAUUUGAAGUUCUACCUUCUCUCAAACGGCUGAAACAGCGAAUUACAGCAGCUGGUCGUGGAGACUAUGAUGCUGUCUUCAUGUCAGGAAGCGGAAGCACUAUUGUUGGAAUUGGUUCACCUGAUCCUCCACAAUUUCUUUAUGAUGAGGAUGAAUACCGGGACGUAUUCUUGUCAGAUGCAUAUUUUCUCACCAGAGAGGAAAAUGAGUGGUACAAAGAACCUGCUUCAAAUCCUUCUGCUUCUCAUUCAGCGGUUUCUGAAUCUGUUUAA